AUGACUCCCGAAGUUUCUGCCUCUUCUGGCGAAGGCAUUUGUCCCUCUCAAUCCACCUCAAAGUUUCGUCGUCUGAUGCCCAUCAAUGAUGCAAAUCUAGUCGACCUGACUUGGGCCAUUCUCGGUCAAACAGGUAGUCCUGGCUGUAUUCGACCAACACGUCUUCCAUCUUCGCUGCGACACCCAUCGUCAGAAUGGCAGGGCCCUUCCGGCCUGACAGAUCGGCUGAAUAGUCUGUGUCGCACGAUGCGGCAGCGCGGUGCAAGUUAUCUCUUGGUGCAUGCACUUGAUGAGAUCGCCUGGCUAUUGGGCCUACGAGGGGGAGAUCUAGAGCACUGUCCGGUAUUCACAGCAUACCUAGCUGUGUCAGCAACAGGUCAGCUUGAUUGGUUUUUGCCGGAAGCCACACUUCGUGUCAGCCCUGCUGGGGGGGAGGAGGCAGUGGGCGCGGUUAGAGCCGCCUUAACUGCUAACGACCCACCGGGCAAGGUGAGACAGUUUUAG